AUGCUGUUCGAAUGCCCCGCGUGUAAAAAUGAAUAUAUCGAUAUUCUCGAUCAUAUUCGUAAAAAACACCCUACUGAUUCCUUUACAGAGCUUCAAUUACAGCCUAUAGGCCUUGUUCCCUGCCCUACCUGUGCUACAGCGUGUAAAGGAGCCCACGGGAUUAAGACUCAUAGCGCUAAAAUCCACGGAAUCACCGGUAGCUCUAGGGUAUCAACGCAGCACCGAAUCCAUACUACCCCCUCUGCCUCAGCACCCUUAGACGCUGAAAUCGACGAUUCUAUAGGCACCCCCUACCCUGUAAUCGAUUUCCCUCAGCUACUAGCACCCUUUCGAGCCGCUACCCCUAAGGCCAGAGCCUCUCUAGGCCUUUCAGGCUCUGAAUACCCUACAGCUCCAGGGGCUACAGGCCUGUAUAAGUCGCCUCCAGCACCUACAAGCCGAAAUCUCAGUACCCCUCCACCCCUACCAAGCCCCCCAUUCGAUAUCUACCCAGGCUUUACAGGCUCUCCGUCCCCUGUAACUUCAGCACCAAAUAGCCCUAAAUCGCCUACCUACGCCCAAGUUACCGCCACCCCUCUAGGCUCUAAGCACCCUACGGCUCCAGGCUCCAAGUACCCCGCACCUUCAGCACUAACAGGCUCCAAGACCCCUGCACCUUCAGCACCUACAGGCUCCAAGCACCCUACGGCUUCAGGCUCCAAGACCCCUGUACCUUCAGUACCUACAGGCUCUAAGCACCCUACGCCUUCAGGCUCCAAGUACCCCGCACCUUCAGCACCUACAGGCUCUAAGACCCCUGUACCGUCAGUACCUACAGGCUCCAAGUACCCUACGGCUCUAGGCCCCGACCUCCCUACAGGCACCCGAAGGAUUCAGACCCCACGGGGUAUUUGGUACUCGAUUCCAGGGGAAGUAGACGCUAUACUCCCAGCGUACGACGGCCCUACAGGCCCUGAACCAGACUCCCUCCCAGGCUCUCGACCCCCCACGCCUACAGGCUCUACGUCACCUACAUACGCCCAAAUCGUCGCUACAGGCUAUAUACCCCCGAAGCCGUCCACUAAACGCCCUGCAAGAACACCCUCCCCAGGGGCUCAACGCCCUACGACACGCCAAAAGAUAGGCCCUACGCAGCCUAUAGAGCCUAUAAUCAAAGACAGCUCGUCCGACGAAGAUCUUUAUAGUGCCUCUACAGCGCCAUCGUCCCCUACCCCUAGCUUUGAAGACGCUAUCUCAACGCCUAUACCAACUACACCUACCGAUAAGACGCCUACCACACCUAGCCUACCCUCUGAUAGCCCCUACUUCCCUCGACUAUCACGACUCUUCUCCCCCAACAACCCCUACAACACACCUACCCUCCAAAACUACCACAACUCACCUACCCUCUAA